CAAAGGAACUUAAGAAACGAACGUGUAAUUUGACCCGCAGGUAGCCGAAUCGGUGAAAGUUGCUAUAGACGCCGGGUACAGGCACAUCGACUGCGCUCUGAAGUACGGGAACGAGGCGGAGAUCGGUGCUGGGCUGAAGGCCAAGUUCGAUGAGGGAGUCGUCAGGAGGGAAGACAUGUUCAUCACCAGGGGGACCCCAAAAGCCCCGCCCACCUCCGAACGCCGCCGGCAAAGUACGACCAGGAUGUCCGCCCCGACCGUGGAACUCCCCUCCGGUCAGCAGAUGCCAGUUCUCGGUCUCGGCACCUCGCAGGCAAAACCGACACAGGUAACCGAAGCGGUGAAAGUUGCCAUAGACGCCGGCUACAGGCACAUCGACUGUGCUAUGAAGUACGGGAACGAGGCGGAGAUAGGUGCCGGGCUGAAGGCCAAGUUCGACGAGGGUGUCGUCAAAAGGGAAGACAUGUUCAUCACGAGUAAACUGUGGAACACCUUCCACCACCCGGAUGAUGUGGAGGAAGCUGUGAAGAUGAGCCUAAGAAGCCUGGGGCUAGACUACCUGGACCUGUACCUCAUCCACUGGCCCAUGGCGUACCGGCGGGGAGAGUCAUUACUGCCGGAGGAUGGGGAGGGGAGAAUGAUGUGGGACGACAUCCACUUUACGGACACAUGGAAGGCGCUGGAAUCCUGUGUUGAGUCCGGGCUCCUGAGGAACAUCGGCCUGUCCAACUUCAACAGUAAACAGAUCCAGGCUGUCAUCGACGUCGCUAAGGUCAAACCUGCUGUCCUACAGGUGGAGUGCCACCCUUACCUGAACCAGAAGCAGCUGCUACAGUUCGCCAAACAGAAGGGUCUGGUGUUCACAGCGUUCGCCCCGCUGGGCUCCCCUGGUCGCACUAGUGUUAAGCCAGGAGACCCUUCUGUCAUGGAGGACCCCAAACUCAAGCCUAUCGCUGAGAAGUAUGGGAAGUCCGUGGCUCAGGUGCUCCUUCGUUGGGGAGUCCAGCGCGGCACGAUCGUCAUCCCGAAAAGCGUCACGCCGGCGAGGAUCCAACAGAACAUCCGGGUCUUCGACUUCGCGCUGACGUCAGAGGACAUGGCGAUGAUUGACGGGUUCGAAAUCCCGCACCGUUUUAUUCACCUGGACUGGGUCAGUCACGUGCCGGAGUGGCCGUUCCACGAAUCUUUCUGAAUCUAGUUAAAGGCUAAUCUCCAAGCAGAUCCCCGAUGGCUUAAUAUAGCAUCAAACCCACCGUA